CUCACCACACCAGUCUGCCUGCUCCUCUCCGUCUGCACCUCGGAGGCGGCGCACACUCGUCUCUCAUGAUUCUGCUCGGAGACGCACUAAGCGGACGAUGUGGCUGCUCACGGUCUCAACUUUGCUCCUGUUCCUCUUCAGCUCAGGGCUGGCUCUGCAGAUUCAGUGUUACCAGUGUGAGGAGAUGACACACGACUGCUCCACGCCGGAGUUCAUAGUGAACUGCACUGUGAACGUGCAGGACAUGUGCCAGAAGGAGGUUCUGGUGAAGGACGACGGGAUUCACUACCGCAAGUCCUGCGCCUCGUCAGGAGCCUGUCUCAUCGCUUCUUCUGGAUACCAGCAGUUCUGCACCGGAAAGCUCAACUCAGUGUGCAUCAGCUGCUGCAACACACCGCUGUGUAACGGCCCGCGGCAGAAGAAACGUCCCCAGCCCUCAGCCGCCGUGACCCUGAACACACCGCGCCUCCCCGUGUUCUUUCCCCUCAUCCUCUUCCUGCCGUCCUCCAUCCUCUGCUGACAAACCUUCGAACAAUGUGUGGGCCGUGGAAAACCGCUCUUCUACUGACAGUGGACACGGCACAGACUGGAACUGUACACGACGAGGCAAACAUACUUUUAAAUGUACAUACGUGAGUAAGAUUUAUACAGUAUUUGUUCUCUCGAGUCCCAGACUCCUACACAGCAUGGGAAAAUGUUCUCGUCACGUCACAAACAUGCGGCAGCGUCAGGAGUGGUGAAAAACAUCUGGACGAAAGAUACCUUCCUUUUAUUUAUUACAUUUGCUAUCAUUCAUUGCAAAUGUAGGAGUAACAGUAAGUGUAUAUUCUUAGUACUAACCUUAGUCACCAAUUAACCUAACGAGCGUGUCUUUGGACGGUGGGAGGAAGCUGGAGAACCUGGAGAGAACCCACACAGACACAGGGAGAACAUGCAAACUCCACCACACAGACAAAAAAGGCCCCAGUUGGACAUGGGAUUCAAACCCAGAACCUUUUUGCUGUGAGGCAUCAGCACUAACCACCAAAAAGCAUCAUCUAACCCUAACAACCAUUGAAAUCUGUUUUCAAACAUCUCAUUACAGCAUUCAAAUAAUGGUUGAGGCCAGAAUGUAAUAAUAUGUGAUACAAUCAGGGCUUCUGAAUACUGAGGGUGAUAGACUUCAACAUGUUUAUUCUCUUUUUGGUCAAUUUUUCACCCAAUUUUAGUAGAAUUUAGUCGACACUCAACUCCUGAGGACAGGAGAACGCAGCCCAAUAACCUGGAGUCCAUGCACUGUUCCAAAACUAUCCCAACUAUAAAUGAUUUAUAUUUAAAUUGUAUUGGUUUAUAGUGACAUUUGUUGUUGUUGUGUCUUUUAAAUAAUGCAACGCAACAGAUAUUUUAACGUUUAUUAUUUGUUUAUGAGAGGGAAAUACUUCCAAGAUACAUUUAUCAUCAUGCACACUACCGGUCAAAAGUUUUAUAUCACUCCAGUAUUUCUUUUUUAUUUAAAUGUAUCCAGGUCAUUUCUCUGAAAUGAAAGCAUAGACCAAAUAUCAUGGAAUCAGUAUAUAAGUUUGGACUCAUCACAGUAACCAUCUUUGGCUGAUUUAACAUGUGAACACACAUGUGACUUCUUUCUUUCUAAAAUUGAAUAUUUUUCUUCCCAAUUUCCCAAAAGUUUCCAGAAAUGUGUGUCUCUUGUCGGGAGCUUUACUUUCAC